GGAGCUGUCCAAUCUAUGCACAACUAUGGAAACAGGACUCCGCAACUGUCAACCUUGUUUUGGAGGUAUAAUGGCAGAAGAAACAGUACUCUGAUGAUCUAUAAACCCUCGACUGUUUUCUUUUUUCUUUCACCAAACGUGGGGAUAUUUCAGGUGUGAAAGUGAAGCGCGCUGGGUUGGUGACUUUCUCGGCGCAGUAAUGGCUACUGCAAGACUUAAUUACGUCGCUCCGUGGUGGUCGUACUGGCUGCACAGUUUCCCUCACAUCACUUUGUUUUUCCAGUCGACGGACGAAACGUUCAAACCGGAGGAAGCGAGCUAUCAGCAGUCUCUAAUACUUCUAGCAUGUGCUGGUGCCGUGGGUCUGUUUCUCAGCCUGCUGGUUCUGACAGUGUACCUCGUCUGCCUGUGCUGCUGCCACAGAGACGUCGACGAGGACGUCAAGAGACCUAAUACCUGCUGUGUGACCUGGUCGGCCAUCAUCACCGGUGUCAUCAUGUGUUCUGCUGUAGGACUGGGUUUCUGUGGAAACAGUGAGACAAAUGAUGGGGUGUACCAGCUGACCUACUCGUUGUACAAUGCCAAUCACACUCUGGGCAGCAUCAACAAUCUGGUUGCAGGAUCUUUGGGCAACAUGCAAACUGGUCUCAAACAGCACUUGGAGCGUUUGGAUGAGAUCUUUGCUACAAAGCCAGAUUACAUCCAAGCACUGCAUUUCAUGCAGCAGAUGGCGACAAACAUCAUCCGCCAACUGUCGGCUCUGCCGGACAUCAGCAAAGCCAACAUUGACUUGGCUGCAACAGCCGACCAAACAGCAUUCAUCGAGUAUUACAGAUGGCUGACUUAUCUGCUGGUGCUGAUCCUGGAUCUGGUCGUCUGCUUGGCCAUGUGCUUGGGGAUGGUCAAGCACUCUCGAUGCCUGUUCAUUACGUGGGUACUCUGUUUGAUUAUUGCUUUUGCAGUGCUGUGUCUGAUCCUGAGUUGGGCCUCACUGGGAGUGAGCACGGCUACUGCUGUGGGUAUCAGUGACUUUUGUGUGUCUCCAGACAAGUUCAUUGUUAACCAAACCAGUAAUUUCCUCAGUGAAGGUGUUACACAUUAUUAUUUGUUCUGCAGUCCAAAUCUACCAAAUCCUUUCCAACAGUCUUUGACAAUCUACCAGCGUUCUCUGACAACUAUGCAAAUCCAGGUCCAGGGCUUGCUGCAAUUUACAGUGCCGAUAUUUCCCACUGCCCAGAGAGACCUUUUGGGAAUCCAGCGAUUGUUGAACUCCACUGAGUUCAAUCUACACCAGCUAACAGCCUUGCUGGACUGCCGAGGGCUACACAGGACUACCCUGGAUGCUCUAAUAGGGCUUUGCUAUGACGGGGUGGAAGGGCUCCUCUACCUCUGCUUGUUUUCCCUAAUGGCUGCCUGCGCACUCACCGCCAUGUUAUGCGUGAUCUUCCGUGUGUGGACACUAAUGGGCAGCAGGGACAGAGAAUAUGACGACGUGGAUGAAGAAGACCCGUUCAACCCUCAAGCACAGGAGAUACCCUACGAUCCUAGGAGGUCCAACAUCCACAGUUUCUGUAGUCACAGCAGCAGCCUAGGCAGCCAAAGCAGUCUUCCUCCACCUCCACAGUCUGCCUCCAACCUCACGCCGCCUCCUGAAUACAUGAAUCAGUCCAUGCUGUUUGGAGGGAAUCCGCGGUACGAGAACAUGCCUCUGAUAGGGAGAGGAUCCCCGCCUCCGUCGUAUUCGCCCAGUAUGAGGACGGUCUAUCUGUCAAUGACUGAUGCCCAGAUCCGCCAGUACGGGACAGGCUUCCAGGUGUAACCCGCUACCUCCUGCACACCUCUAAAGGAUGCUGGGACUCCGGUUUCUUACCAAGACACCAGUCUUCUUUGUAUAAUCCUGUUUAGAGGAACCUCAACCUUCUUUCCCAAAACAAGACAUGAAACCAGGCCUUUAAAAGAAGUUGACUCGCGAACAAACAGUCACUCGAAACUGAUGUCAUCAUCCUGAUGUGGAAGUGCUGUAGCUCGGAUGAGUGAAAUUAUACAAGCCAUACCAAUAGCUUUUGUUGUGAUUGUUUGCUGUGUUUUGCAGGUCUGUAUGAAUGUGAUCAGCAAUGCUUGUAUUUUGAUGUGAAACGGAAUAUUUGCAUAUUCAUGCUAAUUUCCAUCAAGUCUCUGGCAGUAUUUCAUUCAUGCAUACAGGCCUUUGUCUUAUUGUUGAGUUCCAUAAAAUAAAAUGCCAUAUUUCCAUCUUUUGA